GCCCCUGGGGGACGUUCAUGGGCACUUGGGAUAUGCCCCAUCAUAUUCCCAAUCCGUACAUUCACACCACAGCGCGACAUCCAGAGGCAGCGCAGAAGCUGAUCGACCAGGUGAAGGCUUCGCCACUCAACCAUGUCUCCAAUGGCUUUGUCCCCCACCUACUCUUCCCGCAUUGCAGGAAGAAGCCCCCCAUAGAAACAGACGAGGAGAGAUGCCGACGCCUCCAGUCCUCGCUCCCGGAUUCCCCCCCGCCGCCACAGGGGGAGGAGGCGCCAGGCCAGCCCGACAGCGCUGAGGGGGAGAAGGAGACCCUCCCGCACAAACUCACGAGCCCCGUCUCCCUGGAGCCGUGCCCGGGCAGCGGAGGCCAGGCUGGAUCCGCCGCCCAAAGUGGCAGCGGCACUCGGCCGCAUCACCCGUUACCCCAGCAAUACCCCUCGGGGGCUGAGCCCGCCAGCCGCAGGUCAUCGCCAGGGGGCACCGAGAAGCUGCGAGUGUGCCCCCAGCCGGUCGCGCAACCACCGCAAGAGACGGGCUCCAGGUCAGAGGGGGGCAACUCGCCGGAUGGUCAGCCCAAAUGCAAACCUCGUCUCAUCGGGUGACCAGGGAGCCAAAGGGUCAGGGCCUCAGGCUAAUCUUCACUCAAACUGUCACAAUAAAUACCUGAUAUAACCUUCACACGGCU